AUGUACUCUACAGACUCGCUCUCCACGGGUUUCUGGGGUCCUGUUACCGCUACGAUCGAUUGGUGCGAGGCAAACUACCAGUUCUCAAGACAUAUUGCGGAAAGCGCAAAUACGUUCUCAAACUUGUUCACAUUAAGCUUCGCGUUGUAUGGGGCACGAUCUAUCCUGCGCGAGGGUCUUCCUGCACGAUACUUGACAAGUUGGGCCGGUCUUGCGCUUGUUGCGGUCGGAAGUAUCGCCUUCCAUGCAACGCUCAUGUAUGAGGCGCAGAUGGCCGACGAGCUACCGAUGAUCUACACCACAAGCUGGGCCGUCUUCGUUGUCAGCGACACGCUCCCAGGCUUCAAGAUCAGAUUCCGGAGUAAAGCGCUCGUUUUUGGCAUCACGCUGUUCAACGUACUAUUCACCUGGUCUUAUCUGGAUGAUCGUAAUCCGGUCCACCGCAAUCCAGUAUACCAUCAGAUUGUCUUCGGCGCAGGGCUAGUUGUCUGCACGAUACGUGUUACGUACCUCAUGAAGCUCUCGCACACUGCAUCAACCUUACCGCGAUCUAUGAACACGAGCACGACGCGACUUUUUCUUGCGGGCGUCGGUCUGUUCGUGACCGGGUUCUUCAUCUGGAAUCUGGACAAUAUCUUCUGCGAUACUAUCACAAGAUGGAAGAAGAGUAUGGGGUGGCCUGCGGCUUUCCUGCUUGAAGGGCAUGCAUGGUGGCACUUCUUCACUGGCGCUGGCGUGUACUUUAUGUUACAAGGGAACGCUUAUCUGUACGUCUAG